GCUGCAACGGCCGGAAGUGGAGCUGUUGACCUACCUCUAUGGUCCUCGGAGUUCCGCGGGCGCUCGGCGGGGGGGGGGAGGGCGAGGAAUUGGGGGGCGCGCCGUCGAGGCUCUCGACCCGUAGCAGCCCCGCAGCCCGGCCGGAGUCCCUGCGCCCUCCGCAGGCCUCGCCGCCAACACGCCCCCGGCCAGCCUCUCCAUCCGAUGCGCCCAUCGAGCAGCAGCAGCAGCGUUUGGAAGCAGCCAAGGCCAGGGAUGGGAAGCUGCCUGGCAUGAACUGGUCGCUCUGCCCAGCAGGCAGAAGAAGCCGCUGUUUGGAGCGAGCGUGAACCAUGUUUGUCUACGGGUGACCUCCAGGCUCUUCUGCGAAGCACACCCGCCUGGAGGCCAAAAUGUUCGGCGCAGCCCAAUCAUCCAAGGCCGAGUUCCUGGACAAGGCCCGGCAGGCCCGGGAGGAGCGCCGGGAGCAGAAGGAACGGGAGCAGGCUGCGGUGCGGAUCCAGGCCCUCGUCCGAAGGUUUCUGUGCCGCUGUCGGCUGCAGCGGAAAAUCAGGAGCGAAGUGGAUGACUUCUUUCACACCAGCGGUCCUGCCAAGAAGACGGCUCUUUCGCUCUUCAAAAUCUCCCGAAAGCUGCUCUUUAUUUUCAAACUCCCACAGGACAAAGAGAGGUUUGAAAAGCUGUGCCGCUGCAUCCUUAGCAGCAUGGAGGCGGAAAGCGAUCCUAAGGUGUGGUACGUAUCCCUUGCACUCUCCAAGGAGCUGACUCUCUUAUGGAUCCAGCAAGUGAAGGAUGUGCUGUGGAUUUGCUGUGAAUUUCUGAAGCUGCUCAAGCCAGACAUCUUGCAAGAUUCAAAACUGGUGAAUUUGCACCUCACGAUGUUGGUAACUUUUACAGACACCUCUACCUGGAAAAUCCUGCAGGGAAAAGGAGAAGCCCUGCGCCACGCCAUGAAUCACAUCUGUGCAAAUAUCAUGGGACAUCUCAACCAAAAAGGGUUUUACUCUGUGCUCCAGAUUUUGCUGACCAGCGGUUUGGCGAGGUCUCAGCCUUCCUUCUCCAAAGGCACCUUAACGGCGGCUUUUUCUCUUGCACUGCGCCCGGUGGUUGCGGCUCACUUUUCUGACAACCUCUUGCGAUCCUUCUUGAUCCACAUCAUGUCCGUGCCAGCCAUCAUGAGCCACCUUGCAGCACUUACCCCGGAGCGCCUGGCAGUGAUGGAAUCCCAGGAUCUCCUGCGCAAGUUUCUGCUCUUCCUGAGCCAGAAAGAACAAUGCAGGGAUGUCUGCGUGUGCCUGGAAGGAAGCCACACGCUCUGCCUUCUGGGCAACCUCGUCUACUUGGGGUCGCUGAACGAGAAGGUGCUGCAGGAGGAGACGGGCCCCUUUGUCAGCGUCCUGACCCAGAUGCUCUGCUACUGCCAGAAGUACGUCUCGCAGAAGAAGUCCAACCUCACCCACUGGCACCCGGUCCUCGGCUGGUUCUCCCAGGCGGUGGAUUAUGGCUUGAACGAGUCGAUGCCUUUGCUCACCAAGCAGCUUCAGCACCUCUGGGGGGCCCACAUGCUGCGCAUCCUCUUCAGAGACGUGAUCAGCAGGAAGCUGCUGGAGAGCCCGGAAGCUGCCCGCCAGCCCCCGCCAGCCCCCUCCCCGCAGGACAGCCUGCCCGUGAAGAGCCUCUUCCGACGCGCCUUCCAGAAAUCCACCUCCGUUCGCAACAUCCUGAAGCCCAUCGGGGGCAAAAGGGUGGACUCGGCGGAGGUGCAGAAGGUGUGCAGCAUCUGCGUCCUGUACCAGAUGGCGCUGACCACCCUCACGCAGAUCCGGCUGCAGAUCCUCACAGGCCUCACUUACCUGGACGACCUCCUGCCCAAGCUCUGGGCCCUCAUCUGUGAGCUGGGCCCCCAGGGGGGCCUGAAGGUCUUCCUGGACUGCUUGAACAGCCACACGGAGGAGUCCAGGCGGCUGCUGGCCAUGCUGAUGCUCUUCUGCGACUGCUCCCGCCAUCUGAUCACGAUACUGGACGACAUCGAAGUCUACGAAGAGCAGGUCUCCUUCAAGCUGGAAGAGCUGGUGACCAUCUCCUCCUUCCUGAACUCCUUCGUCUUCAAGAUGAUCUGGGAUGGGAUUCUGGAGAACGCCAAGGCGGAGACCCUGGAGCUCUUCCACUCCGUCCACAGCUGGCUGAUGGUCCUCUACGAGAGAGACUGCCGGCGGCGCUUCGCUCCGGAAGACCACUGGCUGCGCAAGGACCUCAAGCCCAACUUGUUGUUCCAGGAGCUGGACAAAGACCGGAAACGGGCCCAGCUGGUCCUGCAGUACAUCCCUCACGUCGUCCCCCACAAGAAUCGGGUCCUUCUCUUCCGGAAUAUGGUCACCAAAGAGAAAGAGCAGCUGGGCCUGGUGGAGACCAGCUCUGCCUCUCCCCACGUCACCCACAUCACCAUCCGUCGGUCCCGCAUGCUGGAGGACGGCUAUGAGCAGCUGCGGCAGCUCUCUCAGAACGCCAUGAAGGGGGUCAUCCGGGUGAAGUUUGUGAACGACCUGGGCAUGGACGAGGCGGGCAUCGACCAGGACGGUGUCUUCAAGGAGUUCCUGGAGGAGAUCAUCAAGAAGGUCUUCGACCCGGCCCUCAACCUCUUCAAGACCACCAGCGGGGACGAGAGGCUGUACCCCUCCCCCACCGCUUACAUCCACGAGAACUUCCUGCAGCUCUUUGAGUUUGUGGGCAAGAUGCUGGGGAAAGCUGUCUACGAGGGGAUCGUGGUGGACGUCCCCUUCGCCUCUUUCUUCCUGAGCCAGUUGCUCGGCCAUCAUCACAGCAUCUUCUACAGCUCGGUGGACGAGCUUCCCUCCCUGGAUUCGGAGUUCUAUAAGAACCUGACCUCCAUCAAGCGCUACGAAGGAGAUACCAGUGACUUGGGCCUCACCCUCUCCUACGAUGAAGACGUGAUGGGCCAGCUCGUGUGCCAUGAGCUCGUCCCAGGCGGGAAGACCAUCCCCGUGACCAACGAGAACAAGAUCAGCUACAUCCACCUGAUGGCCCACUUCCGCAUGCACACCCAGAUCAAGAACCAGACGGCCGCCUUCAUCGGUGGCUUCCGGUCCAUCAUCAAGCCCGAGUGGAUCCGCGUCUUCUCCGCACCCGAGUUGCAGCGGUUGAUCUCCGGCGACAACGCAGAGAUCGACCUGGAGGACUUGAAGAAGCACACCGUCUACUACGGGGGCUUCCAUGGCAGCCACAGGGUCAUCCUCUGGCUCUGGGACAUCCUUGCCAACGAUUUCAGCCCUGAGGAAAGAGCCAUGUUUCUCAAGUUUGUUACCAGUUGCUCCCGGCCGCCACUCCUGGGCUUCGUCUACCUCAAGCCUCCCUUCUCCAUCCGGUGCGUGGAAGUGUCGGACGACCAGGACACGGGAGACACCCUGGGCAGCGUCCUGCGGGGGUUCUUCACCAUCCGGAAGAAGGAGCCGGGGGGGCGCCUGCCCACCUCCUCCACCUGCUUCAACCUCCUGAAGCUGCCCAACUACAGCAAGAAGAGCGUGUUGAGGGAGAAGCUGCGCUACGCCAUCAGCAUGAACACGGGCUUCGAGCUCUCGUAGCAGCCCCGGCAGGAGAGAAGGGCCCAGUCGGCCAGGCAAGCCUUGGCGAGCCAGGUGGGCCCGGAGCCCAGGUAGAAAAGGAGUGGCCUCCAGCACCACUUCGCUCCCCUGAGACCGCUGCCGGCCUGCCAUUAAACGUAGCCUUGCCUGCAAACCUUGUGCAGUUACCCGUUGCGGGCAGGGGGUCGCUGGAGGUUGUGCCACGUGGAGGGCUGGGCAGGAGGUCCCCCGUGUGAAGAGCCCCCCAGGCUGCUGUGUCUCUUCCCGUCUGUCCCGGUCAA